GGCGGGGAAUGGUUACGCGGCCCGGAGCUGUGUGACGCGAGGCGGGCGCGCGCGCACCCCUACGGGAGGGGAUGGGGGCAGGGAGGAGACUAUAAAACGAGAGGCGGGGCGCGCGCCGCGGCAGAAGGAGCGAAGCUCUGGCCCGGCGCAGAGUGGGCGCACUACGGGGACGCUGGGCCGGGCACCGGGCUGUGUGGAAAAGCGAGCGCGCUCGCCUGACCCGUCCCCGCCACCCCGAGCCACAAGGGUCGAGUUCCUGAGACCCGCGCCGAGGCCCCCGUCCUCCGCCCGGCGGCGCCGUCUUGCAUUCAGCCAGCUGGCCGCUGCCGACCCUCCCGAGCCCCCGCCCUGCCGCCCCUUCUCCCCCGCCCAGCGGCCGGGUCUGUGGUGGAAGCAGCCAGAGCAAGACCACUCAAGGUGAAGGAUAACCUACAGAAUACCAGCACUCUGAAUGAGAAUUUGUUUCUCUGCCACAAACUGAACACUUGUGUGUGUGUGUGUGUAGGGGGGAGUUGAAACACAGAGCUCACUUUGUGGCAUAGCAGCUAUGCAGCUUGAAAUCCAAGUAGCACUAAAUUUUAUUAUCUCAUAUUUGUACAAUAAGCUUCCCAGGAGACGUGUCAACAUUUUUGGCGAAGAGCUUGAAAGACUUCUUAAGAAGAAAUACGAAGGGCACUGGUAUCCUGAAAAGCCAUACAAAGGAUCAGGGUUUAGAUGUAUACACAUAGGGGAGAAAGUGGACCCAGUGAUUGAACAAGCAUCCAAAGAGAGUGGUUUGGACAUUGAUGAUGUUCGUGGCAAUCUGCCACAGGAUCUUAGUGUUUGGAUCGACCCGUUUGAAGUGUCCUACCAAAUUGGUGAAAAGGGACCAGUGAAGGUGCUUUAUGUGGAUGAUAACAAUGAAAAUGGAUGUGAGUUGGAUAAGGAGAUCAAAAACAGCUUUAACCCAGAGGCCCAGGUUUUUAUGCCCAUCAGUGACCCAGCCUCAUCAGUGUCCAGCUCUCCGUCGCCUCCCUUUGGUCACUCUGCUGCUGUAAGCCCUACCUUCAUGCCCCGGUCCACUCAGCCUUUAACCUUCACCACUGCCACUUUUGCUGCCACCAAGUUCGGCUCUACCAAAAUGAAGAAUAGCGGCCGCAGCAACAAGGUUGCACGUACUUCUCCUAUCAACCUCGGCUUGAAUGUGAACGACCUCUUGAAGCAGAAGGCCGUCUCUUCCUCAAUGCACUCUCUGUACGGGCUUGGCCUGGGUAGCCAACAGCAGCCGCAGCAACAACAGCAGCCGUCCCAGCCACCGCCGCCCCCACCGCCGCCGCAGCAGCAGCAGCAACAGCAGAAAGCCUCUGCUCUCUCUCCUAAUGCCAAGGAAUUUAUUUUUCCUAACAUGCAGGGUCAAGGUAGUAGUACCAAUGGAAUGUUCCCAGGUGACAGCCCCCUUAACCUCAGUCCUCUCCAGUACAGUAAUGCCUUUGAUGUGUUUGCGGCCUAUGGAGGCCUCAACGAGAAGUCUUUUGUCGACGGCUUGAAUUUUAGCCUAAAUAACAUGCAGUAUUCUAACCAGCAAUUCCAGCCUGUCAUGGCUAACUAGAAAAAGAAAAAAUGUAUCGUACGAGUUGAAAUGCACGGGCCCAAGGGGGAUUUUUUUUUUUCACCUCCUUGAGAUUUUUUUUUUUUUUUUUUUUUUUUUUAAAGCUUAUAGUAAGGAUACAUUCAGGCUUGGUUACAAAAAUAAAACAUGCAUCAUUUUUCAUUUGCCAACCAAGCACAAAGUUAUUUUAUACUGACUGUAUAUUUUAAAGUAUACUCUCAGAUAUGGCCUCUUACAGUAUUUAAGAUAUAGCAAGGACAUGGCUGAUUUUUUUUUUAUAAAAAAUUGGCACUAAUAAGUGGGUUUAUUGGUCUUUUCUAAUUGUAUAAUUUAAUUUAGUACAAAGUUUGUAAAAUAUCAGAGGAUAUAUAUAUUGUUUCUACGACAUGGUAUUGCAUUUAUAUCUUUUUACUACAGUGAUCUGUGACAGCAGCAGCUUCAUGUUGUAUUUUUUUUACUGAAAUUGUAAAAUAUCCAUCUUAAAGACAUCAACUAUUCUAAAAAUUGUGUACAGGAUAUUCCUUUCGUGGUGGAAUUAAAAUGUACGAAUAUUUGCUUUUUCAAAAAAAAAAUGUAUUUUCUGUUAAAGGUUUAAAGAUUUUUGCUAUAUAUUAUGGAAGAAAUGUAAUCGUAAAUAUUAAUUUUGUACCUAUAUUGUGCAAUACUUGAAAAAAACGGUAUAAAAGUAUUUUGAGUCAGUGUCUUACAUGUUAAGAGGGACUGAAAUAGUUUAUAUUAAGUUUGUAUUAAAAUUCUUUAAAAUUAAAAAGCA